AGUUUUAGAUGGCCUGUUGGUGUGGCUAAAGUGUUGCCUUACAGGAAGUCAGUCAGCAGUGUUGAGGCAACUUUAAGAGUGAUGGGGUUAACAAGGGACAUGUUGCUUGUCCUUUUCUUCUGUGCUGGCUGGAAUGUACUGGAAAGUGUAACACUCGGUCAUACAACUCGACUCAUUCCCGGCCACCCCAGUAACAUCAGCAAGAACGACACAGGCCUUAAGAAGGCUGUGCUUGCUGGGACCUACGCAUUUAACAACCAGUCCAAUGAUCUUUUCCUGUUCAAACCUUCUGCUAUAGAUGCUGCACAAAGACAGAUUGUAAAAGGGAUCCGGUACAUUGCCGAUGUAGAGGUCACCCGCACUGUGUGCCGCAAAAAUGAACAUGACGAGGAUCUAGUCAACUGUGACUUCCAACCAGAUGGCUCAUUAUAUCAGACCUUUGACUGCCAUUUCGAGGUUUGGGUUACACCCUGGCUGCACCUGAUGAAGACCACCUAUUUCCUGUGUCGACCUAAGACAGGAACAACCUGACUGCUCUUUAUCCUGUUUCACGUGUUCUUUCGAAAUACCAUGUAUGCGUGUUUAAACAAAAUGUCACCAUUUCAAAA